AUGCCAUCCAAUCACCUCUUCCAAUAUUCUGUUGUCUCAGCCCUUAUGGAUGGGGUCGCCGAGACAGGAAUCACCCUUUCGGAACUCGUCACACAUGGCGAUCAUGGCCUUGGCACCUUUCGGCAUAUGGUUGGCGAAAUGAUCAUUCUUGAUGGGAUUAUUUAUGAUAUGAAGCCUGAUGGUUCUGUCAUAGCAUUGGACAAAGAUGCGUGCGCUGAUAAUACGGCACCUUUUGCGAUGAUCACGGAUUUUAAGCCGAAUGUUACUGCAUCGAAACAAAUACUGAGCAAGGAUUCUUUUACGGAGACUCUAUCUCAGCUUCUUCCUGCGACGAACAAUCACUAUCUGGUCUACAGAAUUGAAGGCACAUUUAAGUCAGUCACUGUACGGACUGUGGGAGGACAACAGUCACCAGGCGAAAGUCUUGCCGAGCUUGGAAAGCGACAGGCUUCGCACACGUUCCACAACAUCAGGGGUACGAUCAUUGGGUUCAGAUCGCCUGCUUUUAUGCAGGGUAUCAGCGUCGCAGGCGACCAUUUACACUUCUUGGCGGCGACCAGACACUCUGGUGGUCAUGUGCUAGCUAUGGAAGGCGAUGGCGAUCUGGAGCUCAGCGCAGCUCGGAUUGCAUCAGUCAAUCUUCAGUUGCCAACGGAUGAUGAUGCCUAUAAUAAAGCCAAGUUGGUUCGAGACGAUGAAGGAAUAGCUGCGGUUGAGGGUUAA